UGUGAAUUAAGAAAGAAUAAAUGAAGCCCAAAUUACAUACAGCGGACCUCUUCACUUCUCCCUCCACCGCGCCGGAAAAAGUUGUCUGUCGCCGUCGUAGCUUCAUGCUCUCUUCAUCAGUUUCUUCUCCCCUCCCACUGAGAGAACUCAAAAGAUUUACAAUUCCUACCUCUUCUUACAAAAAUAGGCCGAAUUCUACUCACAUAACUCAAACUCCACCACCAUUCCACCACCAACAACUUUGUUCUUUCUGCCACCGCAAACUCUCGGAUCAUAAGAAUGACAGCUUUUGGUGCUGUUCUUUCUCUUAGGAAUACAAUUAACAAUAUUCUCUGUUGUUCUCGUUUUAGCCUUGUUGGUCGUUCUAAACAAAUUAUAGAAGGCGUGUGCAGUGAGUUGGAGCCUUGGGAAGAAAUUCUGGAAAGAUUGGAUGACACAAGUCCAAGCAAGAGCAGGAAGAAGGUGAAUGCUCUGGAUGGAAGAAUCAAAGAUGCAAUAUGGAAAUUUGAAGACUCAUUGGAAUCCCUUCUCGUUCAACAGAUUCCUUUACAAUUUGAAAGUAUUCCAGAUAUUGUCUCCAUUAGUCUGCAGAGUCUGCAAAAUGAUGUUGAUUUCUUGAUCCAUGCACUCAAUGAUAUGAAGGAGGAGUACAUUUAUGAAGUAGAGAAUAUGGCUGAAGACGAACCUAUUUCCUCAAUAAUCGGUUUUCAUGGAGCCAACUCAAAGAUGAUUGGAUUAUCAGACCAAUUCCAACAACUCAAAGCCGAUCUUAUGAGAGCAUCUUGCGGCUGGAAUUAUAUGGGUUGGGGAGACCACAGUUGCUAUACACUUUAUGGAACGGCAUGCAUUGAGAAGACCACUCUUGCUAUGCAAAGUUACGAAGAUCCAGAAAUUCAGAACAAAUAUGAGUGCCACACGUGGGUCACUGUAGGCAGAGUACCUCAACCAAUCAGUCAAAUUUCACGUGGCAUUCUAGCUCAACUUUGUGGAAUCACACAAGGAGAUGAAGAAAUAGGCGACUGCUUGAAAGAAAAAUUGGAUGGCAUGAAUUGCCUAAUUGUGUUGGACGAUGUUUGGGAGACACGUGAAUUGAAUUACUUGGAAGAUUCCUUACGAGACAUCCAAAAUGGAUGUAUUCGUGUCUUGCUUACUGGUCGACAUUGAAAAAUGAUAAAUGCUUAUAUGCAUAAUGAAUAUUCGUACGAGGUGUGGUUUUUGAAAGAAGAAGAAAGUAUGGAUCUACUAUGUGAGAAGGUGUUUGGUGAUGAGGUUUGCCCUCCUCAACUUCACAAAUCUGCCACCAAAAUUGCCAAGCUUUGUGAAGGCCUCCCUCUCUUGAUAGUCACUGUUACUGACAUCAUAUCGAAAUCCGGGCGGAAUAGAAACCCAACCUACUGGAAGGAUGUAGCAGAAAAGAAAAAUUCAGUCUUCACGGAUGCAUAUAAUAAAAUAUCAAAGGUACAAUUCCCAAGUUACGACUAUUUACCUCAACGUCUUAAAAUUCCUUUUCUGUUUAUGGGAGUUUUCCCUCAAGAUUACAAUAUCCCACCUUCGAAGAUUAUCAUUAUGCUCACCAUUGAGGGGUUGUGGUAUGAUCGGGAAUGUUUCAGAGAACUGGCUUUCUACUACAUUCUUGUUUUACGCAUCUUGAAGAGUGUUUAAAUCUUCGCAUGAGAUUUCUGUUAGCGAUUUUAAAACUUACUCAAUGUCUCUAUACUUUCCCAAUAGAAAUUCUCUCACUAGUCCAACUAAAGUACCUUGCUUUAACUUGCAACGGAGAACUCCCUGCAACUAUAUCCAAACUUUUCAACCUUCAAGUCUUGAUUAUGCAUCCACAUCAGAACAUCAAACGUUGUAGAGCUCCAUCAUAUGUACCAAUACAAAUAUGGGACAUGCAAGAGUUAGAACAUAUUGAGAUAUUGGGAAAGAACCUUGUAUCUUCAUCUCAUGUUGCUUCUUUGAGAAAGCUCUCAACAAUUGUAGGUGUGAAUGCUAGCAUUUGUACUCUCUUGGAACUCUCGAGAAGAAUUCCUAACAUAAAGAAAUUAGGAAUACAGAUUGAGCUAACACCCUAUGAUGAUCAUAAUGACCUUUUGAGUUGCUUUGGUUGCAUUUCAACACUUGGAAGUUUGGAGACACUCAAAUUUAGUAUCAGAAAUAGUGUUGUCAAGCAUGGUCAAAUUUUCCAGGUGACUUCUGGGUCACUAAGGUUGCCACGUAAUUUGAAAAAGUUGCAUUUGAGUGGCAUGAGUUUACCCUGGGAAUACACGGAUGCCAUUGGCUCAUUGCCGAGUCUUAAAGUGCUCAAACUGUGAUCAUACGCCUUUCAGGGUUCGCAUUGGAAAACAAAAAGGCAUAGUUUUUCAAGUCUCGAGUUUCUUCUAAUUGAAGAGAGUGACUUGGUGCAAUGGAAACCAGGAUACCUAAGCUUCCUUAAGCUUAAAUAUCUAAGCUUGAAACAUUGCUACAAACUAAAAGAGAUCCACAGGCCCGCUUCUGUGUACGCAGAAUUUGGACGUAUGAUCAUAGAGAUUGAAUUGGAGGACUGCAAUCCUUUAGCUUUGACUUGGGCCAGCCAAUUACAACCAACUAAUGAUGUUAACCUUUGUGUUAUUGCCUCUUCUUCGUUUUAUGAGAAACCGACAACUUUCAAUAGUGAAAGGGAUGGCGCGGACUAUAUAUCUGGGUUGGAAAGAUCCAUUUUGGGAGUUGAGGAGGAGAAUGAUGACGAAGAUAUGUCUGAAAAUGAGGAUACAGACAAAGAGGAUGAUUUUUAAGAAAUUGCCAAUUGGGGUGAGGAUGGUGAAGGUAUUGCUCAUGUGAAUGCUUUGGAGCUAUUAGGAGAGGAGUAACUUUGUUCAAUGAUCAUCUUAUAAAUUCUACCUGAAAAACGGCAGAUAUAGGCGAGGGUGAUGAUAUGGAUACCGAGGAAGAGGAUUGUGAUGAAGAAGGAAUACAAUUGCCAAUAUUCUCCGUUGUUCUCGUUUUAGCCUCGUUGGUGGCUCUCGGCAAAUCAUAGAAGGCGUGCACAAGGAGUUGGAGCCAUUGCCAGAGAUUCUAAAAAGAUUGGAUUACACAAGUCCAAGCAGAAGCAGGAAAAAAGUGAAUGCUUUGGAUGGAAUAAUCAAAGAGACAAUAUAGAGAUUUGAAGACUCGUUGGAAUCCCUUCUCACUCAACACAUUCCUUCACAAUCUCAAACUCUUCCACAGAUAGUCUUCAUUGAUCUCCAGACUCUGCAGAAUCAUGCUCAUUCAUUGAUCGAGACGCUCAAUGAUAUGAAGAAGGAGUACAUUUAUGAGGUAGAGAAUAUGCCUCAAGACGGAGCUAUUUCCUCAUCAAUUGGUUUUCAUGGAACCAACUCAAAGAUGGUUGGAUUAUCUGACCAAUUCCGACGACUCAAAACCGAUCUUAUGAGAGGAUCUUUCAGCUGGAAUCGCGUGCACGCACUUUAUGGAACGGCAGGCAUUGGGAAGACCACUCUCUCUAUGCAAAUUUACCAAGAUCCGCAAAUUCAGAUCGUAUAUCAGCGACGCGCGUGGGUCACUGUAGGCAGAGUACCUCAACCGAUGAGUCAAAUUUUACAAGGCAUUCUUGCUCAACUGUCUGUAAUCAAACAAGGAGAUGAAGAAAUAAUUGAUCACUGCUUGAAAGAAAGAUCCGUUGGCAAGAAUUGCCUUAUUGUGUUGGAUGAUGUAUGGGAGAUAGAGGUAGUAACAUUCUUGAUACAUUGCUUACCAACCAUAAAAAAUGGAUAUAUUCAUGUCUUGCUCACUGGUCGAUAUCGGAAUUGGAUGAGUGAUUUUUCGUUGUAUGAGGUUCGGUUUUUGAAGGAAAAAGAAAGUAUGGAUCUACUAUGUGAGAAGGUGUUUGGUGAUGAGAUUUGUCCUCCGCAACUUCACAGAGCUGCCACCAAAAUUGCCAAGCUUUGCGAAGGUCUUCCUCUCUUGAUAGUCACUGUUGCUGAUAUCAUAUCCAAAUCCGAACAGAAUAGAGAUCCAGUCUAUUGGAAUGCAGUAGCAGAAAAGAGAAAUUCAGUCUUCACGGAUGCAUAUAACAGAAUAUCAAAGGUACUUUCCCCAAGCUACGACUAUUUACCUCAACAUCUAAAAGUGCCUUUUCUGUUUAUGGGAGUUUUUCCACGAGAUUAUAAUACCCCCAUUUCCAAGAUCACCAUUAUGCUCACCGCUGAGGGAUUGUCGGAUGCUAAGGGGUUGUUGGAGGAUUGGGAAUAUUUGAGAGAGCUAGCUAUCAACUACAGUCUUGUUUUAUGCAGAUUGAAGAGUGUGCAUAAAAAUUCUCAGUUUCAUUCUUCAUAUAAAGAGUUCAAUGCUAACGAGUAUAAAACUUGUUGGCUUCAUUCUUCAUGGAGACAUGUGUGUAGGGGAGAAGCUAGUAAGAACAAAUUUUAUCAUCUACUAAGUAAGUUGAAUGAUGCAGAAGAAGAAGUUCUAAAAGGCCAACGCGGCUUGUGUAUCGAAAACAACAUUUUAUUUGGCAUCAAAGAGUUUUGCGACUCAGUGAGAUUGAACUGUGCAUCCUAUACCCGUUCCCUCCUUCUCUAUGGUCCUUACCACCAAUAUCCAAUCCCUAUAGAUGUCGGUUUCAGAUUGCUAAGGGAAAUAGAUGCUCUUACACAACGUUUCUACACUUUUCCGAUAGAAAUUUUGUCACUAGUACAUUUAAAGUACCUUGCUCUAACUUGUAACGGAGAACUCCCUUCAACUAUAUUGAAACUUUUCAACCUCAGAGUCUUAAUUAUCCAUCCACAUAUGGACAUUAUACGUAUUAGAGCUCCAUCAUAUGUACCAAUACAAGUAUGGGACAUGCAAGGGUUAGAGCACAUUGAGAUAUUAGGAAAGAGCCUUGUAGCUCCAUCUCAUGUUACUUCUUUGAGGAAUCUCUCAACACUUGUCGGUGUGAAUGCUAGCAUUUGUACUGUAUUGAAACUCUCCACAAGGAUUCCUAACAUAAGGAAAUUAGGAAUACAGAUUGAGUUGAUGCCUGAUAAUGACCAUAACGACAUUUUGAGAUGCUUUGGUUGUAUUUCCACACUUGUAAGUUUGAAGACACUCAAAAUCAGUAUCACAAAUCCCGUGGUCAAGCGUGGUCAUGGCUUCCCGAAGGCUCCAUGGUCAUUGAAGUUGCCACGUUAUUUGGAAAAGUUACAUCUGAGUGGCACAGGUUUUCCAUGGAAAUACAUGGAUGCCAUUGGCUCUUUGCCAAGGCUUGAAGUGCUCAAAUUGCGUUCCUAUGCUUUUCAAGGUUUACAUUGGAAAGCAUAUAGGAGAAGUUUUCCGAGGCUUCAGUUUCUUCUAAUUGAAGAAAGUGAUCUGGUACAAUGGAAACGAAGAUCUAAAAGCUUCCCUAUGCUUUCAUACCUAGGCAUGAAACAUUGCUACAGACUGGAAGAGAUCCCCAAGCCUCAUAUUCCAUACUCGUAUAAGAGACCUUCUUGGAUGUACGUAAAUGGAUAUAAGAUCAUAGAGAUUGAAUUAGUAGACUGCAAUCCUUUAGCUUUGAUUUGUGUCAGCCAAUUUCAACCAGAUAAAGGUGUGAGGCUUGAUGGUAUUGCCUCUUCUACUUUUUAUGAGAAACCGAUGACUAUCAAAUUUCAAAGGUAUCGAGUCACCUCUACAUCUGAGCUGAAAAGGUGAGGCUGAUGAUGGGGAUUACACGUACGACCGUGAGGAUAUAUGGAAGAGGAUUAUGAUAAAGAAACGAAAUUUAAGAAGAGGAUGAAGAAGAGUAGUAGCUUUGCAUAAUUAUCAUCUUUUAAAGGCCAAGCACAUUGCUUCUUCUUUCUUUCAGUUAGGUUUCAUGGAUUUUCUGCAGUAUUAAUUAAGCAAAAGAUACGAGUCUUAGUAGUUGAACUGAAGUAAUCCACUUUGAUGUGCAGGAGACCUCUUUGAGGUUUUGAAUCUGUUGCUACAAAGUCAUGCACAAUUUGAUCAAUGAAUUCAACAAUAUUUGAAGUGAUUUCUUGGUAUUUUGAUUUGAUUUGAAUAAAUAAUUCAUCAAUAUUAUAAUUUGAGUUGUGUUGGA